AUGAGUAAUCCCGACGAGAGAAAACUGAAUUCUGAGGAAGAGGAACAUGAAAGUUCUGACGACAGUGGCUAUCAGUCUGUUCUGGCCGUGCCGGUAUUGAGUCUCUCUGAAAGUUUUAAUGUGGAUGAAACCAUCCGUAAAGAAGCCGCCGCUGCGGCAAAACUUAUUGUUGAUGCUGCUAAAGAAGCCGCGGGGAAGAAGGAUCAACCUGUGAGUGGAAAAGGUGGCUUUGAUGGGGAUCCCAAAAAUAAGAUCAAACUCGGACGACCACGAGUCUUUGUGGAAGCUCUUGCCGGAGUGUCUGGAUCUACAGCCAUCGCUUCCACCAUGGACAAAGAGCCAAUUAAAAAGGCUAGAAAGAAAGGGUCGACGCAAUUGACCAACCCU